GUAAAUACCUUUGGCUUUCGUUUCUGACCGGACCAAAGGGCCUGCUUGGAUUUCAAGAUGCUUAUAAAGGAGUAUCGGAUUCCGCUUCCAAUGAGUGUGGAAGAGUAUAGGAUUGCCCAGCUGUACAUGAUACAGAAAAAGAGCCGAGAAGAGACAUGCGGUGAAGGCAGCGGUGUAGAGAUUUUGGAAAACAGGCCAUACACAGAUGGUCCUGGUGGCAACGGGCAGUACACCCAUAAAGUAUACCAUAUUGGUAUGCAUAUUCCCAGUUGGUUUCGGUCUAUACUGCCAAAGGCAGCAUUAAGAGUCGAAGAGGAGUCCUGGAACGCGUAUCCUUAUACAAGGACGAGGUACACAUGCCCAUUUGUGGAGAAAUUCUCUAUUGAUAUUGAAACCUAUUAUAUAACUGACUCAGGAGAGCAAGCCAAUGUGUUUAACCUUUCCCCUGCAGAGAAAAGGCAGACCGUUCUCGAUCCCAUCGACAUUGUUAAAGAUCCCAUCCCCCCGCACGAAUACAAGUCCGAAGAGGAUCCCAGGCUGUAUCAAUCCAUGAAGACUAAAAGAGGGCCUCUGUCCGAAGACUGGAUCAAAGAGCAGAAGAACAACCCGGGCAGAUACCCGAUCAUGUGUGCGUACAAGCUGUGCAAAGUGGAGUUCAGAUACUGGGGGAUGCAGUCGAAAAUCGAGCGCUUCAUCCACGAUGUCGGUCUGCGGAAGGUGAUGGUGAGAGCCCACCGGCAGGCCUGGUGCUGGCAGGACGAAUGGUACGGGCUGACCAUCGAGGACAUCCGGCAGCUGGAGAAGGAGGCCCAGCUGAUGCUGGCCCAGAAGAUGGCCCAGUUCAGCUGCAGCGACAGCGAGUCGGAGCAGCACCUUUCCAAAGACUCUCUGGGUGACAAUGAUACGGAAACAAAGGCCAUAUCCCCGUCUGCUGAGGCAGGGGACGCCACUAGCAAUACUGGUGAAGCCUCAUCAGGGCGAGUGCUGACCAAGCAGUGGUCGACGUCUUCCAAGUCCUCUUCCAAGAGAGGAGCAAGCCCCUCGCGCCAUAGCAUCUCGGAUUGGAGGAUGGAGAGCAUCGCAAGAGAUUCAGACGAGAGCUCGGAUGACGAGUUUUUCGACGCGCACGAGGAUAUUUCUGAAAACGAAGAGGUGUUCCCAAAAGAAAUCACUAAGUGGAGUUCAAACGAUCUCAUGGAUAAGAUUGAAACUCCUGAAUCUGAAGAUGUCCCUGAUGAUCAGUGCCUUGAAUCGGCAGCAGAGUACAAUGUUGGAUCCAGCGUGGAAAGACUCAGCAUCGUUGAGGACGAAGUAGCACCGCCUCUAGCACAGCCCAGCAAAAUCCACGUCUUGCUCUUGGUCCUUCACGGAGGCAACAUCCUGGACACGGGAAGUGGCGACCAGAGCUCCAAGCAAGGCGACGUCAACACCAUCGCCACCGUGUUUGACACGGUCAUUCGGGUCCAUUACCCAGCAGCCCUUGGACACAUGGCCAUUAAGUUAGUUCCUUGCCCAGCCAUCUGCUCCGAAGCCUUUUCCCUCGUUUCCAACCUCAGCCCUUACAGUUACGACGAAGGCUGCCUUUCCAACAGCCAGGAUCACAUUCCUCUUGCAGCGCUUCCUCUGCUGGCCACCUCGUCCCCACAGUACCAGGAGGCGGUUGCCACAGUGAUCUUGAGAGCCAACCAGGUGUACAGCGAGUUCCUCAAGUCACAGGAAGGCAUGUCAUUCAGCGGCCAGGUGUGUUUGGUGGGAGACUGCGUCGGAGGGAUCCUGGGUUUUGAUGCCCUGUGCUACAGCAAUCAGGCCAUGUCUGAGAGCCAGAAUAGUAGCCGUCGCGGGAGUGUUGUGAGCGUGCAGGACUCUGACCUCUUGUCUCCUGGAAUCAUUGUGAACAACAGUUACUGCUCGGGGGGCUCCAACCUGGAAGCCAGCCGACACCUCAGCCGGAGCAACAUCGACAUCCCUCGCAGCAACGGAGAGGACUCCAGGAAGCAGCUGCCGCGCAAGACGAGUGAUUCAUCCACCUACGAGCUGGACACGAUAAAGCAGCACCAAGCGUUCCUCUCCAGUUUACAUUCUAGUGUCCUGAGAAACUAUCCUGGAUCACGGAGAUCCAGUAGUUCCAUCAUGCUGGAUGGCGGGAACCUUGGGAAAUUUGAGUUUGAGAUCACUGAUUUCUUCCUCUUUGGAUCUCCUUUGGGGCUGGUCCUCGCAUUGAGAAAAACCGUCAUUCCAACGCUCGACAUCUUCCAGUUGAGACCAGCCUGCCAGCAAGUGUACAAUCUAUUCCACCCCGCAGACCCGUCUGCCUCGCGCUUGGAGCCCCUCUUGGAGAAGAAGUUCCACAUUCUGCCACCCUGUAACAUCCCACGCUACCAGCGGUUCCCUCUUGGGGAUGGCAGUUCGGCCCUCCUGGUCGAGACAGUCCAGAGCAACCCUCUUCUCCUCGUGGAAAGCAGCCCCCUGGUUGCUCUCCAGAACCAGGAAAGCUUCAUGGAAACCAGUAUCCCCGUUCCCAUCCUGAAUUGGCAAGACGCUCCCAGUAAAAAUUCUGGAUUUGCUGAGUCGGAUGUUGUUCAGUCUCAUGGUGGCGUCUCCAUGGAAAACGCAUCCCCUUCUACUCCCAUUUCAGCCCCCCAGUUCAGGGGCUUCCGGAGAGCCAGCGAGGCCAGCAUUGCCAGCCAGGUGUCAGGAAUGGCAGACAGUUACACUGCUUCCAACAUAGCCAACAAAAACAAAAAACAUCUCACCCACUCCAGGGGCUUUAGCUUACUAGCCCAGCUUGCCCUCCCGCACAAACCCCCCACCCAGCCCUUGCCCAAAAGACGUAGGUCAUCUAAACCUGAGCAGUCCCAGAACCCCUUGAGAAGAAAGUUUGGGAGCUUCCCCCACCAGGAAGUGGAUUCCAUCCAGCAGAUCCCAGACCUGGACAUCGAGAAAGUUGCUGCCAGAUGGUGGGGGACGAAAAGGAUAGACUAUGCUCUCUACUGCCCUGAUGCCCUAACGGCCUUCCCCACAAUCGCCUUACCGCACCUCUUCCACGCAAGCUACUGGGAGUCGACGGACGUGGUCUCCUUCCUGCUGAGACAGGUGAUGAGGCACGAAAACUCCAGUAUUCUGGAGCUGGAUGGGAAGGAGGUCUCUGUCUUUACCCCUUCCAAGCCCAGAGAGAAGUGGCUUCGUAAGAGGACCCACGUUAAGCUAAGGAAUGUCACAGCCAACCACAGAAUAAAUGAUGCCAUAGCCAAUGAGGAUGGUCUCCAGGUGUUAAAUGGAAGGUUUAUGUAUGGGCCGUUAGAUAUGGUCACGCUCACGGGGGAGAAGGUUGACAUUCACAUCAUGACACAGCCCCCAUCAGGAGAGUGGGUUUACUUUGACACAGAAAUCAGCAACAGCAGUGGGAGGAUUUCCUAUGUAAUCCCUGAGAAUAAGCGGCUGGGUAUUGGGGUGUAUCCUGUCAAAAUGGUGGUCAGGGGUGACCACACGUUUGCUGACAGCUACAUCACCAUCCUGCCCAAGGGGACCGAAUUUGUGGUCUUCAGUAUCGAUGGCUCCUUCGCUGCCAGCGUUUCCAUCAUGGGCAGUGACCCCAAAGUUCGGGCUGGAGCAGUUGAUGUAGUAAGGCACUGGCAAGAUCUCGGCUACCUCAUUAUCUACGUCACAGGCCGCCCCGACAUGCAGAAGCAGAGGGUGGUGGCUUGGUUAGCACAGCACAACUUUCCUCACGGGAUCGUCUCCUUCUGUGACGGGCUGGUGCACGACCCCCUGCGGCACAAGGCCAACUUCCUGAAGUCCCUCAUCAUGGACGUCCACAUGAAGAUCCAUGCGGCCUACGGGUCCACCAAGGACAUCUCCGUCUACUCCUCCAUCAACCUGCCGCCCUUGCAGAUCUACAUUGUUGGACGGCCAACCAAGAAGUUGCAGAAUCAGUGUCAGUUCAUUACCGAGGGAUACGCAGCCCACCUAGCCCAGCUGGAAUACACCCAUCGCUCCCGGCCUGCCAAGAACACCACCCGGAUGGCCCUUCGGAAAGGCAGCUUCGGCCUCCCCGGCCAGACCGAAUUCCUGCGCAAGCGGAACCAUUUGCUGCGCACCAUCUCGUCCCAGCCCACGGCGGCUGGCGGGAGUGGCGGCCACAGGCCAGAGCGGACACACAGUCAGUCUGAGAGCGACCGGGAGAGAGACCGGGAGCGCAGCCAGCGCAGCAUGAGCCUGGCCUCAGGGUGCUGGGGCCGGAGCGCAGCCACCAAACUCGAACCGGGGGCCCUCGGGCAGAAGUAG